AAACUGUCACCUUUCCAAAAUACCACUCAGGCCUGUUGCUUCUUUGCGCACCCGUCCCGGGUCUUCCCAUUUCUAAUCCCAACGAGUGGGCUGGAACUUCUUGGAUGAGCCAAAAUUAACCCUGGUGGUGAUUUUUUUCUUCUCUCUUUUUUCUUGUUCCCCUCCGCCACUUUUUUUUUUAAAGCAGAGUUCAGGGAAAGUUUCUCCUUUCCUCUCUCCCUUUUCUCUUGCACUAGCACGUACGAAACAAGCCUCUGGGGUAUCUUCUGAAAGCCUUCCUCCUGAUACCGCAGAGUCGGGCCACUGGCGAGCAGGGGCCAGCCCCUCUGGGGAGAUGGGGGAUGCUGGGGAGAAGGGUCUGGACAACGAUGCAGAAGGGGUGUGGAGCCCUGACAUAGAGCAGAGUUUUCAGGAGGCGCUAGCAAUCUACCCACCCUGCGGGAGGCGCAAGAUCAUUCUUUCAGAUGAGGGAAAGAUGUACGGCCGGAAUGAACUUAUUGCCCGUUACAUCAAGCUGAGAACAGGGAAAACGCGAACAAGGAAACAGGUUUCCAGCCACAUCCAGGUAUUGGCACGGAGGAAAACCCGUGAGAUUCAGGCCAAGCUUAAGGACCAGGUGGCGAAGGACAAAGCGCUUCAGACGAUGGCAGCCAUGUCUUCCGCUCAGCUUGUGUCCGCCACGGUCCUCCAGGAAAAGCUGGGCCUGUCAGAAUCCCACUACCCACCCAGCACCACCUCCACAGAGUUCUUCCAGUUCUGGGGAGGGGAUGCAAACCAGCCCCGAGCCAGCCCAGACGUUAAGCCUAUUCUUCAGGCCCCGUACCCCAUCCCAUCUGUCGCAGCGCCCUCCUCUGUCCCAGGUUAUCACACAGCCCCAGGGAGAGUGUCCCGUCUCCCCACCGCUACCUCUUGGCAGGGAAGCCACAUCGGUACAGAGACCCUUCGACUGGUGGAGUUCACUGCCUUUGUGGAGCGGCAGGGCGAACAAGAUGCGUGUCAGCAGCAGCAGCACCGCUUUGUACAUAUCGAUCCCACACCCACCUCUGACCCGCCUCUGGAGAUGGUGGACGUCCGCCAAAUCUAUGACAAGUUCCCCGAGCGGGGAGGUGGACUGCGUGACCUGUACGACCAAGGGCCUCCCCAUGCCUUCUUCUUGGUCAAGUUCUGGGCUGAUUUGAGCUUUCCCCUCCUUGAAGAAGAACCAGGGGGCACAGGAGGGACCUUCUAUGGGGUGAGCAGCCGAUACGAGGGCCCAAGGGCUCUGACUCUCAGUUGCACCUCCAAGGUCUGCUCGUUUGGCAAACAGGUGGUGGAAAAGCUGGAGACGGCUGAGCCUCCCCACUGGGAAGACGGGCGCUUUGUCUUCCGGCUGCAACGCUCACCGCUCUGCGAGUACCUCAUCAAUUUCAUCCGCAAACUGCAAACCCUGCCUGAAAAACCAAUGAUGGAUAGCGUGCUUGAAAAUUUCACCAUCCUGCAGGUGUUGCGGGAUCAAGAGACUCAGGAGUUACUACUGUGCGUGGCCUUUGUGUUUGAAGUGUCUGCCAAUGAGAGGGGAGCACAGCACCACAUUUACCGGCUGGGCCGGGACUGAUGGACGGCUUUUACCUCACCCCCCCCCUCCAGAAUGAGCCACCCACCUACCCCUGGCCUCACACUUGGCCUACAGCCUGUCUCAACCGGGGGACAAACUGCUUUGAUGCCUGCUGUGGCCUGACCCAACCACCGACUGUACCAAAUGGAUGCCCCCAUAUUUCUUUCCCUUCUCUUACGGUCCCAAAACCAGAUUCCAAGCCCAGCCCUCAACAACUGCUCUUCUGCAGUGAACAGUCUUGGAGCCACGGACCCUUCUGAGCAACCAUACUUUGGAAAGGACUCUUCUCCUCGUCGGUUAUUUCUCCCGUGAGAACAGCUUUUAACCUCUGCUGCCAGUGCAGACCUGCUCGAAGACCCCCCCCACACACACACACACACACCUUUCCCCUCAGCGAUGUUUCUCUGGGAUUUAACACUCCGUUGUAACAAGACAUGGCAUUUCCUAACACUCCUGGGGGAUGCAAUAGGCAGAGUCUGGCGUCGUGGAUACCCAAAUCUCACAAUCAGCAAACAAGGCAGCCAACUGCUUCUGGGCUAAGCUGGGAUGUACCACUUCAGACUGUUCACAGGAGCCUUCUUCCCUCCAAACAAAGCUGGUUUUUACCUGCAGGGUUAUCCAGUCCUAAUGGCUCACUGCUCACCCCAGAGCAAUCUGAGAUGGUACUGCUCAAGCAGUUUACUUCCUCCUCUGCUGUUCUUGAGCAGAAAGGCUACCAGUGAUGGAGACACUGGCCAUGCCAAAAAUGUAUCCUCUUGCAGCCGCUUCUGGCUUCCUCUGCACAUGCACCAGGAUGAUGUGGUAACACGCAGGGAUAUACGAGUCAUUUGCUUCAGUUAGUUUUUGAUCAGGAUGCAUCCAGCUCUCAGCUCCUUAGGUGAACAAAGACUUGAACACCAGCUAUAGGGAAAGUCUAUACAUGUCUGUGCAAUGUGAUCAGCAGGACACAGUAAGGGUUCAGCAGCAUGAAAAAUGUGCAGGAAAAAUGCAUAUUUUGGAAGAAUGCACAGAAACACUCGGAUGGAAGGAGGAGGUUUUGCAGAUGUGAUGAAUACACUUGGAGGAAAUAGGCACAUGUUUUCAUGCAGACAUGAAAGGAAGUUUGCAAUUUCUGAGAUGGGUGUAAGACAGAAAAAGUUUUCAGAUGGAAUUUGGAACUUAAGUUUGCACACAAAUGCCUAGUCAGGUGAUGGGAGUGAGCUCUCCCUCUGGACUGCAGCCAUGUGAUUUUUUAAUUAUUCCUGCACUUUAAAAUUCUCUGCAAGCAUAUUAGCAAAUUCAGCAAGAAAGGCUAUAGUCUAGUUCUCUUUUCUGCACUAGUUUUCUACUUACAGGGAGGUUAUAUGUAGGGGUACUUUUAAAAAUGCAUACAACUGUGGCGAUUCCCUGCGCUGUGUGGUCAUUCCCUGCAGGUGCCAACAAUCAGGAAUUAACCAUCGAUUUUACCACCUUGUUUUGCUGCAUGUGUAGACCCAGCCUAAGAUCAAGCCAAGUGUAAGAGUGAGCUUAGCAUUGUUUGAAGUGGAGCAUGAAUGAGAUUAAUCCAGAUUCCAUGUACCUCCAUGAUAUGAUGUCCUCUUUUAACAUUCGCAAGGUUGCAACAGGCUCCCACCUUGGUGGGAAAUGGGGAAAUGAUGUGAUCUUGCAUAAAGUUUAUUUUGACAUAA